AAUGUGAGAAGUGUUUUGCUUAUAACUCCCAGCUUGUGGACCAUAACAGAACCCACAAAGGAGAAAAAAAUAACAAGUUCCAGGAAUAUGAGGGUUUUCCUCAGAAUUCAGAUCUACCGAUUCACCAGAACCUCCACACAGCUUCUGGACCCUCAAUUUACUCCCACAGGAGGGAAACCAUACAGAAGUCAGGAAUAUGAGAAAUGCUUUCUUCAGAAUUCAGAUGGAUUGACUUAUCAGAGAGUCCAUGAAGAAGAGAAACCAUACAAAUACCAGGAGUAUGAGAAAUAUUUCCCACAGAAUACAGAUUUACUUUCUCACCAGAGAAUUUGCAUAGGAGAGAAACCAUACAAGUGGCAGGUAUAUGAGGGAUUUUUCCAACAGAAUUCAGACCUGUUGGCUCUUCAUAGAAUCCACACAGGAGAGAAAACAUAUGAAUGCCGUGAGUAUCCGGAAUUUCUGAAUCAGGGUUCAGACCUACUGACUCACCGAACAGUCCACGUAGGUGAGAAACCUUACAAGUGGCAAGAAUAUGAGGAUUUUUUAAAUCAGAAUUCUGACCUGUUGACUCACCAGAGAGUUCGUGUAGGAGAGAAACCACAUAAAUGGCAGGAGUAUGAGGAAUGUUUCCCCCGGAGUUCAGGUCUACUUGUUCAGCAGAGAGUCUACACAGGUGAGAAACUAUAUGAAUGUCAUGAGUUUGAGGGCCAUUUUCCCAAGAAUUCAGAGCUACUGGCUCACCAGAGAAUCCACACAGGAGAGAAACCAUACAGAUGUGAGGUGUGUGAAAAAUGUUUUGCUUAUAGUUCACAGCUUAUGGACCAUCAGAGAGUCCACACUAGAAAGAACCAGUACGAUUGCCAGCAAUAUGAAGCUUGUUUUUCCCAGCACUCAGACUCACUGAAUCACCAGAGUGUCCGUAUAGGAGAUAAACCAUAUAUGUGUCAAGAGUGUGGGAAAAGCUUUGCUUGCAAUUCGGCACUUUCACGGCACCACAGGGUUCACACUGGAGAGAAACCAUACAAGUGCCAGGACUGUGGGAAAUGUUUUGCUCACAAUUCACACCUUGUGACUCAUCAGAGAUUCCACACCGGAGAGAAGCCAUACAAAUGCCAGGAGUGUGGGAAAUGUUUUGCUCGCAGUUCAGACCUUGUAACUCAUCAGAGAUUCCAUACGGGGGAGAAACCGUACAAAUGCAAAGAGUGUGGAAAAAGCUUUGCUCGCAGUUCACAUCUUGUAACUCAUCAGAGAUUCCAUACAGGUGAAAAACCCUACAAAUGCCAGGUGUGUGGAAAAUGUUUUGCUUGUAGUUCAUCCCUUUUGAAGCAUGAGAGAGUCCACACAGGAGAGAAACCAUACAAAUGCUUGGAAUGUGGGAAGGGGUUUGCUCACAAUUCACAUCUUGUGACUCAUCAGAGAAUUCACACAGGAGAGAAGCCAUACCAAUGCCUGGAAUGUGGGAAAUAUUUUGCUCGCAGUUCCUACCUUGUAAUUCAUCAGAGAGUCCACACGGGAGAGAAACCGUACCAGUGCCAGGAGUGUGGGAAAUGUUUUGCUCGCAAUUCACAUCUCGUGGCUCAUCAGAGUUUCCAUACGGGAGAGAAACCAUACAAAUGCCAGGGUUGUGGGAAAUGUUUUGCUUGUAGUUCAGCUCUUUUGAGGCAUGAAAGAGUCCACACAGGAGAGAAACCGUUCAAAUGCCAGGAGUGUGGGAAAUGCUUUGCUCACAAUUCACACCUUGCCAAUCAUCAGAGAGGCCAUAUUGCACAGAAACCAUAUAAAUGCUAGUACUGUAGUUUUUCAAUCACUUUGGUCACAAAUCACACCUUGCCGACUCAUCAGAGUCAAGCAUAUGAAAAAUAUUUUCCUUAGAAUUCACAGCUUCUUAAUUAUCUAAUGGGACAUACGAGAGUAGUUUUAGUAAUCUUACAACUGAAGAGCAGUGAUAAACAAGUAAUACAGUGUAAAAAUAUACAACAAGAUACAAAGGAUAUAUCAUGCAAUACAGUAAUAUGAAUAAAUGCAUGAAUUGCUAGUAACCAGGAAUAGAAUCCACUCUGCCUGCAAAAAAUGUAGGGGGUCAUAGCAGACACCCAACAUUUCUCCAUGUUAUUGCUAAUACUAGGUUCUAAACAGAAAGGAGAAUUUGUCUGAUCUGUCUGUGGAUUUCUGGAGACUAGACAGAAGAAAGUGGUGACAAAGGUACAGUAGGUGAAAUGAUUUAAGAGGGACAUAGGUGUUCUUGAUCUCUGUAUCCCAGGGUAUCUCCCCCCAAGGAGAAUGAAAGGUAAAACAUGAUGUCCCAUCAAGUCACCUCUGACUUAUGGCAACCCUAUGAAUGAGUGCUUUCCAAAAUGUCCUGUCCUCAACUGCCCUGCUUAGCUCUUGUAAACUCAAGCCUGUGGCUUCCUAUAAGGAAUUAUCCCUCUUCAUCCUUUCCUGCUGCCUUCCACCUUUCCCAGCAUUAUUGUCUCUUCCAGAGAAUCCUGCCUUCUGAUGAUGUGCCCAAAGCAAGACAACUUCAGCUUUAACAUUUUUACCUCCUCAUAGAGUUCAGGCUUAAUUUGAUCUAGGACCCACUUGUUUGUGGUUUCUGGCAGUCAAGGAUAUCUGCAUCGCUCUCCUCCAGCGCUAUAUUUCAGAUGAACCAUUUUUUUCCUCUCGGCUUUCUUUACUUUAAAAUCAUGCUAGAUUUUAAUAAAUUGAUAGCUGAGAUAUCUUUGGAUUUUUAUAUAUGGGCACCUUUAAAUAUGUUUCUUGGGGCAAAAUUAACUCCAUAUGUGUCAUGUACAUACCUUUGUACAUGUUCUUCAUUCAGUUCCUCCUUAUAUACUUUGAAGAUAUUUCCAUAAACUCAUACUCUGAAUUUUGGAAAUUUCCAAAAGUUCCAUGGCAGCCUGAAAUUAUCUGAAGAGUACAGAGCUUGGAUUUAAUGAAGGUGAAUUUGGGGUUUCCUGAUCUCAGCUUAUAUCCUCAGACCUAUUUGCUAACCCAUAUCAAUUUUUUUUUACUUGUUGUGCUUUGGUUAAGCAUUUAUUUCGACCCAUACUCUUUCCAAACAGAAUUUAAUUGAUUCAAUGCCCAAAAGAAUUUCUUCAGUUAAAGAGCUAUAUCAUAUACAGUGGUGCCUCAUAAGACGAUUGUAUUUUG